CUACAUUCGGCUUCCUGCGCUGGCUAAUUCCGAACUCUUGAAGGCCUCCCCUAACCAACAACGGGGCGGUAUGAGUGACAAGUCGUGGACCGAGCAAUUCUUCUCUCAAUGGCCAUGGCCGGAUCGGAUAAAAGCAGUACGUACGAACAAUCGGGAUUUCAGACCUUUUCUUCCGCAACGAAGAUGGAAGUUGGGAAGAGCAGUGGGUACCAAUCUGCGCUCCAGCGAGGAUCAGAAUCAAGUUCUAUGGCUUUUCAUUCAGGACCGAGAGACGUAUGUACCCAAGUAUGUCGCUAAAGUAUUCUCUGAAUAUACUGAAAGGGACGCACUAUUUCAGCUCCGGCGCUUUCCACCCCGCAUACCUAAGAAUGUUAAGGAGGCACAAGAUGAACUUGACCCAUAUACUAACGAAGCUCGAGCAUACCACUGCAUCGAGAUGUCGUGCACAAGCUCAGAAAGGAUAUAUUAUCCAGAGUUUCACGGUGUUAUCACUGAUAUUGGAAUAUCAAGGCUCACUUAUGGCUUUAUCAAUCCUCGGGCCAUUGUUCUUGAAUCCAUCAGGCCAAAGCUUGCAUCACGACGAAUUUUAGCGGCCCACGGAGAAGAUAACAGUGAGAUUCAGAAUCAGCUCAAGCAAUUAGGGCUCAGUGAUUUGGAAUUGGAAUACUAUCAUAGUCUAUUCCACGACCGUAUCCGCCGUCUUCUAGUGUUACACAAACUCGGAAUCACACAUGGUGAUGUACGAGAUGAUCAUUUCAGACUGCCAGGGGAUUUCUAUGAUACAGUCUUAUAUGACUUUUCUCAUUCUUAUACCUUCUCUUCAGUCAUGCCUUACUUGGUCAAUUUUCGUCCACCAUGUUCUUUGAAGAAGAUUUCAGACUACGAACAGACCAUGGUCAAGCAACAGAUCUAUGAACGGGCAAAAAACUUAGACUUCCGUAAUUACCUUGAAAAGUCUAGUGGACUUACUCAAGCAAUGCUCAUGGAUACACUCUUCCAACCACUCAAAGAAGAACCAUUAGAACUGAUAAUUUUGCGAGUGAAUUUUCGUCCUGACGCCUUCUCCAUGCCAUCGGUGAAUUCGGUUUUCCCUUUUCUUGAAGAUAUCAGUCCAAAGGAUGAUACCACAUGGCAUAUCCGUAGAGGUCGGCUGUUGGAAUCCUAUGAAUCUGUUUGGAUAAGCUCUACAACGAAUGAUUCAGGCCACACUUCCACGAGCAUCGUGUCUGACCUUGACUUUACCGAAAAUAUUGCGGGCGCAAAUCGCAGAUACUUCCUCUGCUUAGUACCGAAGGUAUGGGGAGUUGCAGAUGUCCGCAGUCCACUUUUGAAUAUCUGUUCGUCCUUGCCGCGUGGUGCUCGCGGCUGCAUCAAGACCAGUAUCGAUCUAGCACUAUAA